CUUCCUGCCGCAAGGUCGACGACCUCCCAGGGUAUGAAGUCCAAUAUUGAUAUUGCUUUUGCUCUGAAAUUUGUACUAUCCACCUCAUUUUCAUAUCUGUGCUGCUCUUUUUGGUGGUGCCGUUAGGAGAUCAUAAUAUGUGGAGUAAAAUUUGUUGGGCAUUUUCCAGUUAGAUGGAUGCUCCGUGAUAGGAACCAAUUCAAUCGUAAUAGGAUUGCAUUUCUUUGUUGUGUUUGCAUUGUUAUGUACUGGUGAUUGGCACGGAUGCAAUUGUUGUGGCGAAUCAGUGAUUGCUGGGUGGAGUUCUUGCAUUUGUGCAUGCCAAUUGGAACUAGUGGGUUGCAUAUGGAUAGCUCGGCAUCUUUUUUGUUUACCGGGUGGCAAUUCUUGUCCAGGUGGAUGUGCAAGAGGUGGGGAAAGGAGGGAAAAUGAAUGUGCGGCAGUCUAGAAUUGAUCUCUUGCAUUGUUGACAGUCUCCUGUCAUCUGGGAUUGCUACUUCUUUGGCUUUACAUUGGUUUGUGUUGCAACAAUAGUUGGAGAUGACUAGUGGCAUUGAUGUCUUUUGGUGAUAGCAAAUUUAUUGUUCCUGCGGACUUGAGGAUUUGGAUUCUUGUUUGCUGUGAAAAAUGUACACCUGAAGCCAAACUUUAUGGUGACAGAAAUGUGGUAUGCAUUUUAGGCGCGUGUCCAGAUCUUUGUAUCACUUUAUUUUGUUUACAGCAUUAUCCUAAACUGCCAACAUCUUUGGAUUAUCAAUAUUAUUUUAUUGUUAGUCUCUUCUUGAAUGGCUUAUUGUGUCACUAAUGCCAUAGUAUAGUAGUCAUUUGUGCCAGAAAAAAUUAUAGUAGUCUCUUCUUUAAUAGGGACUAUGGACGGCAGUGGAUAUUAUUGUACCUUGAUGAAUGAGGAGAGCGAUGAAUUGGUUUGGGAUGGAUUGAGUAGCCCACCUGAGGAGCAAGUUACACCAGUUAUGGAAGUUGCACCCACCGUUAGACCAAGCCAAAAAAGAACAAAGAAUUUCAGUGAGAAGGAAGAUGAAAUUUUGGUUUCGUCAUGACUCAAUGUCAGUAUGGAUGCAGUCCAAGGCACCGAUCAAUCUCGUUCUACAUACUGGAAGAGAAUUUAUGAUUAUUUCCACUCCAACAAGGACUUCACCUCAGAUCGCUCCCAAAAGUCCCUCUUGCACCGUUGGUCUGCUAUUCAAGAAAAUGUGAACAAGUUUGCCGGAUGUCUAAGCCGGAUUGAGGGUAGGAAGCAAAGCGGAGUGUCUUACCAAGACAAGCUAGUGCAAGCAUGCACUUUGUUCAAGUCAGAAGAUAAGACCAAUAAGUCAUUUCAAUUCAUACAUUGCUGGAACCUCUUAAGAACACAGUCAAAGUGGAUUGAUAGGCAGACACAAAAGCCGCCUCACAAAAAACAGAAGACAACUGACACUUCAACACCGGCUACGUCUACUCCUAUUUGCCCUGAUGAGAGUGAGGCUGCCACUCCAGAGUAUUCAAUAACGAAGAGACCAAUAGGAAAGAAGAGAGAGAAAGAAAAAUUACGUAAAGGUGGAGAUCUUAUGUACAUAGAGGCAUUAGAUAAUUUGUGGGCUAAGAAGAAAGAGACCGAUGCAGAGAAGGAGCUCAAGAAAGAUGACAGAUACAAACAAGCAUAUGCACUGGAACAAGAGAGGGUUACAAUUGAAAAAGAAAAUCUAGAGUUAAGGAGCAAAGAGUUUGCAUUCAAGAAAAUGUUGGAAGAAGAGAGAAUUAUGUUAAUAGACAUUAGUGGCAUGUCUAUUCUGCAACAGCAAUACUACCGGAGCUUGCAGGAUGAGAUAGUGACUCGACGAAUGAACAGCUCGGGUUGAUAGCUACUGCAACACAAAGAGGGGCGACUUGGAAGCUGAGGGAGAUGAUUUCGGUCCUGUUGCUGCUGAUGGUACUUAUGUGUUGAUCCAUGUUUCACUGCGUCUUAAGGUGAUAGCUGAUGCAGCUACUUGUGUGCAAUGUUAUCUUGAUACUU